CAAACAUUCACUUGCUUAUCUUGGAAUCCAACAUUAAGUCUCUAAUAUUCCUAAAGAGUCUCUGAUAUCCCAUGAAAGCAGCAAUAGUGAUUCUAGUAUUCCUCUUGGUGAUGAUCUUGACGAGGCUCUCAGUGGCAGUUCAGAGGUUCUUCAAUGGAAAAAAGCUGUCCUCUGCCUCAAACCCUCAACUCCCCAAGUGUAUCACACCAGCAGUUCACAAACUCUUAGAUGAACUCGAAAAACCAAUCCGGUUCUCGUCUCUCCAACUCAAGAUCGCUACUCAAAAUUUCUCCAGUUUUCUUGGUGCCGGUGCUUAUGGAGCGGUUUACAAAGGGGAGCUUCCUGGUGGAUUUAUGGUGGCGGUUAAGGUUCUGAAUGGGAGCUCAGAUAAGAAAAUUGAGGAUCAAUUUCUGGCAGAAGUGAGCACUAUAGGGAGAACUCACCAUAUUAAUCUUGUUCUGCUUUACGGGUUUUGUUUCGAAAAGGAUUUACGAGCUCUUGUCUAUGAGUUCUUGGAGAAGAGUUCUCUGGAUCGAUUACUAUUUAAUGGGGGCGGCGAUAAUAGUACUAUAGAGUGGGAAUCAUUGCACAACAUUGCAGUUGGUACUGCUAGAGGGAUUGCAUAUUUACAUGAAGAGUGUCAACAGAGAAUAAUACACUAUGACAUAAAGCCUGAAAACAUUCUCUUGAAUAGUGAAUUGUGCCCUAAAGUGUCCGAUUUCGGACUUGCAAAGCUUUGUAACAGAGAGAAGACACAUAUGACACUAACAGAAGGAGGCAGAGGAACCCCCGGAUACGCUGCGCCAGAAAUGUGGAUGCCAUUUCCUGUCAGUCACAAAUGCGACGUUUACAGCUUUGGGAUGCUGCUGUUCGAGAUCCUGGGACGUCGAAGAAACAUGGACGAAAAUCUACCGGAGAGUCAGGAAUGGUUUCCGAAAUGGGUGUGGAAGAAAUUCGAGAAGGGCGAGUUCUCGGAUUUGAUGGUUGUGUGUAGGAUUGAAGAUAAAGACAGAGACAAAGCAGAGAGGAUGGCAAUGGUUGCUUUAUGGUCUGUUCAAUAUCUGCCAGAGUUAAGGCCAUGGAUGAGUCAUGUGGUGAAAAUGUUGGAAGGAGGACUGAAUAUACCAAGACCAAGAAACCCUUUUCAACACUUGACUUCUGGAUCUCCCCGCUCGGAUCUAGUCGCCAGAUUCAUCGAGGAAGCGUGCAGUUUGAAGCGAGAAAUCGCUCGAACAACAAGUGAAUCUUUUGCUACUUGUCCAACUCCAACCAUGCAAAAAUACGAGAUCGAAAUAGCUACGUUGUAAAGAAGAUCAGAUAAUUUACUACUUCGUUGCAUAAUUACCGACAUAUGGUAUUAAUUUUGCUGUUAUUUACCAUUUUUUAAUUGCUUGCUGGCUCUUGUUCUAUUCUGAAAGUGAUAUGAUUGUAGGAAUUUAUUUGUUUGUAAUAGUUGA